AUGAGCGGGGUGCUGUCAGGGGUAACCACAUCUGUCAACCGUUCUUGGCCAAUAAAGAGCGGAGCGAGGCGGACCACAGGUGCGCGCCUCUGCGUCCCCUUGGCACAGCGCCCGGGAGAUGCUGGAGAGAGACGCCUAGCUGCCCCGUGGCGCAAAAGAGUUACUGUCAAAGGCAGCCUCCUUUUAACUCCAGCUAUCACUCUGGCUCCGAUAGUUAUGGCGACCGCAACGUCCAACCACUACAGCGUCCUCACCACCCCCAGCAGCGCGCCGCCGCCGCACUCGGAGUCCGGGAGCAUGCAGCAGGCGGCAGCGUACAGGGACGCGCACAACCUGCUCCAGAACGACUAUAGCACGUUGCCGGGCGGUGGACAUCCGCUUAGCCACGCGCACCAGUGGAUAACGGCGCUGUCUCACGGUGACAGUGGGGCGCCCUGGCCAUCGAGUCCCCUCGGAGAACAGGACGUGAAGCCCGUACUGCACGACAGUGACCGAGAGGAGCUGCAGAACUCCAGCAGUCUGCAGCAACAGCAGCAGCAGCAGCAACAGCGACACCCUCACCUAGCGCACCAGCAGGCGCAUCACGACGCCAGAGCAUGGCGAACCAGCACAGCCACCACGCACAUCCCCGGUAUGGCGACAUCUGAGGGCCAGAGCCUGGUGUAUUCCCAGUCCGGCUUCGGUCUGAUGCCGGGGGGAGAGCAAGGGGGGAUGCACCACCACCCCCUGCGGGACGAGGACCACCACAGCCACAGCCCGCACCUCAGUGAACAUGGAGGCGGCCCUGGGGCCCACCAGCAGUCACUCUCACACCAUCACCAGCACGGGGGCCAUCAGGACCAGUCAGACGAGGACACACCGACCUCCGACGAGUUGGAGCAGUUUGCCAAGCAGUUUAAACAGAGGCGCAUCAAGCUGGGUUUCACCCAGGCGGACGUGGGACUGGCUCUUGGGACGCUGUAUGGAAACGUCUUUUCUCAGACCACCAUUUGCAGGUUCGAGGCGCUUCAACUCAGCUUCAAAAACAUGUGUAAACUCAAGCCCUUGUUGAACAAGUGGCUGGAGGAGGCGGACUCCACCUCGGGGAGUCCCACUAGCCUGGAUAAAAUCGCGGCACAGGGAAGAAAAAGGAAAAAGAGAACCUCCAUCGAGGUGGGCGUCAAAGGGGCUCUGGAGAGCCAUUUUCUCAAAUGUCCAAAACCAGGAGCAGCGGAGAUCAACUCCCUGGCGGACAGCCUGCAGCUGGAGAAGGAGGUGGUGAGGGUUUGGUUUUGUAACCGGCGGCAGAAGGAGAAGAGGAUGACACCCGCUGGGGGACAGAUACCGGGAGGAGAGGACAUGUACGGGGACACCCCUCCUCACCACGGGGGACAAACUCCUGUGCAGUGA